UCGAAUAUUUCCUUUUUAAAUAUUUGUGAAUUUCGUCUCUUUUGUGUCUUUAAAUUGCAGAGUGACUGUACAAAACUCCACUCUGGGUAGCUGCCUAUAGAAAAGGGAUUUUAUGUUGCUCUCGAUCUUGUGUUGAUACCUCACAAACAUACAAAUAAUACAUAUGCAAUUUGAUAAUAUAUUGACUAUUUAAAAGUCAAUGUGAACGAUGAUUCGCCUUAAAACGGAGGCGUAAUAAAGUCGGGUUACAUGCGACGAGCUUAUAAAAUCAUCUGAGGGCUUAUUGUGUAAAUCGUUAUAUUUUAACCAGUGUAAAGUUGACAGUAACGUGUCUUCAUAUGUAGCUUAUAUUUAAAGUUAUCAAUUCUUCACUGUUAAAAGACAGGCCUUGAAUGGGAGUCUCUGUUAUUAUCCGACAAUGUGAUGCUUUUAUCUUUACGCAAAACAUUUAUUCAUCAGUCUUUCCCCACAUUGACGGACCUUCAGUUGUUUUAUGAUCAUUAGAAAAACUGUGAAAAAGCAGUCCUGUUUUAAAUGGGCUUUUAUUCUAUUAAGUGCGCACACUAUUUGCACUCAUCGCCUAUCAUAACAUGCAUAACAGAUUCUGAUCGAAUUAUUUCUGUACACUAUCCUCGCAGAGAUUGCACUCUCAGCAUGUCACUUGUUAUAUUGUUUAGGAGCCCGUUGGUUUUUGCCGCAAUGGUCGUUAACCUCUGAAUGACCCCGUGUGGAGCCCACGCCUCAGAAAGCACCGCAGACAGGCAGUGCAACAGUUGAGCCAGAGGAUGGCGCACCACGACAAUUCAAAACACCCAAACCGUGGCUCAGAGCUUGCCCUAGCCACGAGCGCAUGGAGGCGCGCGCCCUUCACAUCCCACCCAGUAUUUCCUCCGUGCACGAGUUUACCUCUGGAGGUCACCAAGCAGGAUUUACGACUGGUCAACAAAAGCACGUGAUACUCCGCCGUACCCCAUAUUUGGGUGCCUACGUAAGAGAGAAUCAAGUCCAUGGUCCCACUCAUUUCCAUAAUUCAUCAUAAAUUGUGCAAGGGUGCUAUAGGACGCGCUAAACCAUAAGAGCCACAAAUCAAGCACACAGGUUUAUGCUAUUUUACCUCUAAAACAAUAAAAAACAACAACAAUACCUACAACGAGCAAACGGUGGAAUUGUCAACAAAUGAGCUCCUAUUUUGUGAACUCAUUCUGCGGUCGCUAUCCCAAUGGCGCGGACUUCCAGUUACAUAAUUAUGGAGACCAUAAUACGGCAAACGAGCAAUACAGAGACUCAACAGCCAUGCAUUCCAGCAGGUAUGGCUAUGGCUACAACGGGAUGGACCUAACAGUCGGGCGGACGAGUACCGGACACUUUGUGGGCAACGAGCGGACACCGGGCUACUCCUCAGCGGCGACAACACCCUCGGUGGAGCCGGUCAGGUACACCCAGUCCGCCAGCAGCACCGGGACAUCGUCUCUAUCGCCAACACCUGACCCUCUACCGUGCUCCUCGGUCGCCAGCUCGUCCCCGGUCACCGAGACUCAGUCUCAACACCGAGCAGUGAAAAACUCUAUAACGACCCCGUGCUCUACCCCGUGCUCGAGCUCGAACGGAGGCACGCUGCUGCUCAGUCGGGACUGUGUGUCCAAAGCUUCUCCCCUCGAGGAAGAGAAGCCUGCGGGAAGCACACCAACAACUCCACAAAAUGUCACGGAGUCAACACAGCCUCAGAUAUAUCCGUGGAUGAGAAAACUACAUAUAAAUCAUGAUUUGUCAGGACCAGAAGGAAAGAGAGCCAGGACUGCAUACACCCGGUACCAGACCCUGGAGCUGGAGAAGGAGUUCCACUUCAACCGGUACCUGACCCGCAGGCGGAGGAUCGAGAUAGCCCAUGCCCUCUGCCUCUCAGAGAGACAGAUCAAAAUCUGGUUUCAGAACCGCAGGAUGAAGUGGAAGAAAGACAACAAGCUGAAGAGCAUGAACAUGGCGGCUGCAGGCGGGGGAGGCUACAGGCCUUGAUAUUCAACUCAUCUGCCCCUCAUAGCGAGCACUAUAUACAAAAAAAUAAAACAAAGAUUGUCAUAUCAACUUCCCCUUCCUCCUACUUCAAAAAAGCGCAGAGACUUGUGACCGGGGCUGUGCGCGGGGAAGGGGACACCCCACCUGAGCCCCACUGUAUGUCCAACAACCGUCCCAUUAUAUUCCUUAAUAUUAUUUCCUUUUUAUUUCCACCGUGGUAAUGCUUAUGUGAGUAAAAAAUGCAUUAUGUACAGUUCUGUCUAGAUUUAGUAGAAAAAGCAACAAAAUAAAUGUUUGUUUAAAUUAUUUCUUGUUCAGACGAAAAAAUAAAAACGUCAAAGCUUGAAAUGCUACCUACCUACCGCAAAUAAACCCAGUAAAAAGUUGUGUGAUGCACUCAGAACAAUACCAGCCUAAUGAAUAGAGGGUUGAGGUUGAGCUGCCUUGGUGUUUAGCCUUCGUUUUCUAUGUAUGUACUGUAUAUGUAUGUAUUUAUUUGUUUGAUGUAUUGUACCAACUUGUCAGAUAACUUGCUUCCAAAAGUAGAGCCAGCAGUGAGCCUUGUAUGGUUAUUGUAUGCGUUGUGAACACAUGUAUGGACAGAAGUGCCGACUCAGUCUUGUAUGUACAGUAGCUGUGCCUUGCAUCUUUUUUUUUCUUUCUUGCAGGAGCUUCUGUUUGUGUUUUUCACCUGGUCGCAACAUCUUAGUAAAAAAACGUGUUUUGUCUUUGUUUUCUUUAACUGUUUUAAUGUGGAGGGUCCCCACAGUAAAUUUCAUUGCCUAUGUGUAUAACUCCAUCGUGAUUAGCUUUUUGUAAAUGUUUUUCAAAGACUGGAAGUCAAGAAUAUACUAUAAUAAUAAUGAUGAUGAUGAUGAUGAUGAUGACGAUGAUGAUGGCCAUUAUAAUAAAAUUUCUACUGGAACGGCAA